AUGGACAGGGAAGCAUCUUCUGGUAAAGUGAGCCAGAUGGAUAAGGAAGCAUCUUCUGGUAAAGUGAGCCAGAUGGACAGGGAAUCAUCUUCUGGCAAAGUGAGCCAAAUGGACAGGGAAGCAUCUUCUGGUAAAGUGAGCCAGAUGGACAGGGAAGCAUCUUCUGGUAAAGUGAGCCAGAUGGACAGGGAAGCAUCUUCUGGUAAAGUGAGCCAGAUGGAUAAGGAAGCAUCUUCUGGUAAAGUGAGCCAGAUGGACAGGGAAGCAUCUUCUGGUAAAGUGAGCCAGAUGGACAGGGAAGCAUCUUCUGGUAAAGUGAGCCAGAUGGACAGGGAAGCAUCUUCUGGUAAAGUGAGCCAGAUGGAUAAGGAAGCAUCUUCUGGUAAAGUGAGCCAGAUGGACAGGGAAGCAUCUUCUGAUAAAGUGAGCCAGAUGGACAGGGAAGCAUCUUCUGAUUCUGAUGAGUCUCCGGGCGCCAGAGGGAGGACAGUGGUUGUCCGAUGCAACACUGCUCUCUGUAGCGAGGACCUGUGCAGUCGUCUGAACACCAAGAAGGACUCUGGCUGCCAGACUGAAGACUUCCUGGUCUGCACGCCGUCCCACUGGAGGGUCCAGUACCAGCGUGGUCAGCAGGGGGUCAGCUCCACCCCCGUCCCGCUGUCCCUCUCCACCGGAAACAUCUCCUCUCUACUGGACACUUCGGAGCGCAACAACGCCAUGUUCUCCUCUUCGCUGGGGGUACGCCUGCGGUCACGCAGCCAGCCAAGGGAUGGGAGGAGACUGAUUGAGGUUCACCACCACAGUGAGGAGGAGGAAGAGGAGCUGUCUCCCUCCGAGACUGAUGACUUCCUGUCUGGGUUGGGGGAGCUGAAGGAGAAGGGGGAGGAAAGUGCAGAUGACCAGUCCCAGCCGGACCACCCUCUGGCCAGCCUGAAGUACCAGCAGCGCACUGGCAGCCCCUGGCUUGACAGGAGCCAAUCCCGCCUCCCCCGGAAGGUUGAAAUGGGGAGCUGUGAGAUGUCCUCCAGCUCAGAUACCUUCUCCAGUCCGCUCCACUCUACAUCCACCAGGCAGGUUGUAGGGUGUCAGAUGGACCAUAAAGACGACCACCAAUCUUCUAGUGGGAACUGGAGCGGCAGCAGCUCAACAUGCCCUUCCCACACCUCUGAGACCCUCCCCACGGCGGCCUCCCCCCAGCUCACUGGCUCCUCCCACUGUGACUCGGAGCUGUCGCUGAACACCGUCCCCCACGCUACAGAUGACCCUGCCCCCAUCCUCAUCCUGGACCCAUACCAGACCGACCGGCAGCUGGACGAUGCAGGGGUCAGCACGGCUAGUGAUGGGGAGUGGAGUUACCCCCACCCUGACGCCAGGCUCCAUGACUUCAGCCCUGAGCGCUCCAGAGAGGGGGAGGGGAGUCUGGGGUACCCCAGCUUUACCAGCAUGGCUACCUGUGAGAGCUUCACUACAGACAAGCCUCCUUCUGAGAAGGCUGACACUGUGUCAUACUACUCCAUAGACAAUGAAGGAUACUACACCUCCAUGCACUUUGACUGUGGUCUGAAAGGGAGCAAGAGCUUCAUGUAUAACUACUCUGACUGUGAACAGGAGCACAUGACUCUGGGGAGACGCUGUCUGACAUUGAGGAAACCUAAGGCCAAGCCCUCUGCCCCCAGACGCAGCUCCUCACUAAGAAAGAUCAGCGGGGGGGGAAAUUCUCCUGACGACACCGAACCAAAGAACCGCAGUGGGCAGCAAAGAAAGUCGUGUUCCAGAGAGAGGAGGUUACAGCUAGACCUAGAGGGCUCCCUGGGCCACCCUAACCUCCCUCACCCCGACCCUGCUCUGGGCCACCUGGAGGACCCUGUUCUGGGAGGGGAGGGGGGCCUGGGGGGGUUAGGGUUGGAGCAAGACCCUCUGGAGCCCCUAGCGGCCCUCGAGACCUGGCGGAUGGAGGACACCGAGGAGAUGCCGGGCUCCGGCCUGUUUGGUUCCUCUGACAGAGGCUCAUAUAAAGAUGAGGGAGCUGUCCAGUCAGACUAUGCAGAUCUCUGGCUUGUGAAUGACUUGAAGUCAAACACUGACCCCUAUCGCUCUCUGUCUAACUCCUCCACUGCUACCGGUACAACUGUUAUAGAAUGCAUAAAGUCUCAGGAGUGUUCAGAGUCCCAGACCUCCCAGUCAGGCUCCACCCCCUCACUGCCAUCAGUAGAAGGGGACUUCAAGAUGUCCUCCCUGCCCUCAGUAGAAGGGGACUUCAAGAUGUCCUCCCUGCCCUCAGUAGAAGGGGACUUCAAGAUGUCCUCUCUGCCCUCAGUAGAAGGGGACUUCAAGAUGUCCUCUCCAGAGAGGCUGGCCUGCUUAGUGUCACCAUCUAGUGGCUACUCCAGCCAAUCCGGCACCCCCACCUCUUCCUUUCCCUGCGCCUUCUUCCCCAGUCCCCUGUCACCCACCAAUCAGAAGAGGAAGCCAAAGAUUCCAGAGAGGAAGUCAUCUCUGUCCGUCACCACCAGAGAUCUGGAGCUGCCAGUCAUCCCCCCCAGCCACCAGGACCUCCGUGCCCUUCACAGCGCUAACCCUACCAGCCCUCCUCCAGUCUCUACCAAGCCCCCAGGCCACAGGAACCAGCUCUACCUCCUGCAGCAAAGCAAGCAGACGGCAGCAGCUGAGGCCAGGGCUGAGGCCAGAGCGGCAACCGAGACCUCCAGCAGUCUUCCCAUGACCAUCACCCCCACCGUGUUGCACUCAGUCCAGCUGAGGUCUGUGGGGAAGCAAGGAGAGGGGAGCCCUGACCGGCCCGGCCCAGAUGUUGCCACCAGACCCAAGAGUCCCACUGUGAACAUCAGCCCCCCUUCCAGCAGCAGGUCCCCUGAGUCUACAACCAGGAAGCAUCCAGCCUACAACUCCCAGGUUCCCCCCUCUCAACAGUACUGUGAGUCACUGUUGGCCCCCAGUGAAGGCCCUGUUGCUAGGGACCCAGCAGGUCACAGUAGCGUGAGGUACAGGCAGGACAGACACCCUGCUGAAGCCCAGUGGAGUACCACCACCUUCAGACAGCCUGUAGACCAAACACUGACAGACCAGGAGAGACUACCAGACCAGGAGAGACUACCAGACCAGGAGAGACUACCAGACCAGGAGACACUGGCAGAAGAGGACCAUACCAUCAGAGACCAACACCAGCCUCUCCUAGACCAACACCAGCCGCUUACAGACCAGCAGUCCCUGCUAGACCAGGAGGUCUGCCAGAGGGGGGCUGAGAUCACAAGAGUGACCCCAGGUCAGGAGGUAGAGGAACAGAAAGCUCUAUUCCCUGGGAGUAGCAGCAGUCUGGAGGAAGAACAGUACCGACCACUACCACCUGAGCCAUCUGAACUCCCAAGACCUGAAGACCUUUCGAUGUUUCCUGGUCAGCACAGCUUAGCCACAACAUCAGAGAGUCUAGACAAAGUGCCUGUUAAAAGUGAUCAGUCUGAAACAUUGCAAGCUUAUCCAAUCAGAGAUGUGGCUGGCAGAGAAGAGGAGUAUUCCAGACCCAGUGACAACUCUAUCUUUCCUCUGAGUGAGGAGACCAAGGCUGAGGGUGAGGUCUUCCUGUCGCCCACCAAGGCUUGCACUACAGAGGAGCUGUUUGCCAUGAUACACAGAUCCAGGAGGAAAGUUCUAGGUAGGAAGGAUUCUGGAGAGUUAAGUGCCCAGAGCCGUCUGUGUGCUGCGUCUGGGAGCACCUCACCUUGUACCCCAGUCACCCCACCUGGCAACACUGUGACUUCUCUGGUGAACCCCAGCACCCCAACCACCCCCACGGGCCCCCAGAAGGCCCCGGGGCCCAUCUACCGCAGCCUGAAGAAGUCCAGCACCUCCCACGAGGAGUUUAAACUUUUACUCCUGAAGAAAGGCAGCCGGUCAGAUUCCAGCUAUCGCAUGUCAGCCACAGAGAUCUUGAAGAGCCCCAUCGGCCCCAAUGCCCCUGGAGACCCCCUUGCUGAGAAGCCCCUCUCCCCCCCGCCAGGCACGGAGAAGCUCCCCAGCCCCUUCACAGAGGGCUUCUCUCCUAAAGGCCUGUCCACUUCAGCCUGUCCCAGACAGAACCGAUCCCGCAUCCCUCCUCCACCCACCAGCAGCCGUUACAGCAGCCGCAGCAGGCAGUACCCAGCCCCCAUGCAGGCCAUCUCAGAGGGCGAGACGGAGAACUCAGACAGGAGCCACUCCUAACAUACAGCAGCCGCAGCAGGCAGUACCCAGCCCCCAUGCAGGCCAUCUCAGAGGGCGAGACGGAGAACUCAGACAGGAGCCACUCCUAACAUACAGCAGCCGCAGCAGGCAGUACCCAGCCCCCAUGCAGGCCAUCUCAGAGGGCGAGACGGAGAACUCAGACAGGAGCCACUCCUAACAUACAGCAGCCGCAGCAGGCAGUACCCAGCCCCCAUGCAGGCCAUCUCAGAGGGCGAGACGGAGAACUCAGACAGGAGCCACUCCUAACAUACAGCAGCCGCAGCAGGCAGUACCCAGCCCCCAUGCAGGCCAUCUCAGAGGGCGAGACGGAGAACUCAGACAGGAGCCACUCCUAACAUACAGCACCUUUCAGAAAUGUAAAACAGAGGAACAUCUUAAGGUUUUAGAAUAGAUAGUAGAGAACAACUGGACCAGACUGACUUAGAACAUUUUAACUGUGUCUAACUAUUUAUAAUACAGUAUGUAUUUCUGUUUUUAGCUUUUGGUAUUGAAGGAAAACAGAGAGACUUAAGAACAGAAAUGAGAGAGAGAAACCUCUGUAGCUAUGUUCUUUAGAAAAAGAAAUGUUUUUUAAACUGUUAGGAAAGUAAACUGGAAUAUGUACUGUGUUAUAUGAAGGCAGUUUUUAUAUCAAGGCAACUUUGUGUUGUAGCUCUACAGAAAACACAUGGGUAUCUUCCAUUGUAACCCUUAACCGUAACCCUUAACCUUAACCCUUUUAUGAUAUUGCUGGAAAAUGCCACAUGUAUAGAAUAUAUCGAUAUGAGAUUUACAGUAUAAUAUAUUCACUUUUCACUAAUGGUGUAAAAGUUGUGAAAUACCUUAGAGUAACACAGUAUGAGUCAUA